AUGACUUCCCGAGCGUUUGACGAAGAGGAACUUUCCAUGUCCCUAUCUCCCUCCCUACUCCGACAGAAGAAUAAUGGCGCGAGAGUACCCGAAAUCAAUGUCACUCGCCCCACGACCGAUGGCUCAAAUGGCAGAGCUCGAGCUGCUAGCAUGCUUUCCGAGCAGGCAUCGCAGAAUCGAGAGAAGACCAAAACCGACCAGCGAAUCGGCGCCUACAAUAUAAUCAGAACAUUAGGCGAAGGCUCUUUCGGAAAGGUCAAGCUGGCGGUGCAUAGAUCUACCGGCCAAAAGGUGGCUCUCAAGAUUAUCGCGCGUAAGAAGUUGAUCAGUAGAGAUAUGGUAGGUCGCGUCGAACGAGAGAUCGAAUAUCUGCAACUCCUCCGACAUCCCCAUAUCAUCAAACUCUACACUGUGAUUAAGACUCCAGCCGAGAUUAUCAUGGUCUUGGAAUAUGCCGGUGGGGAACUUUUUGAUUACAUCGUUAAACACGGCCGACUCCCUGAAGACCAAGCCCGAAAAUUCUUUCAACAGAUGAUAUGCGCCGUUGAGUACUGCCACAGACAUAAGGUGGUGCAUCGAGAUCUAAAACCAGAGAAUCUUUUGCUCGAUGAUAAUCUCAACGUAAAGAUUGCUGAUUUUGGUCUGAGCAAUAUUAUGACGGAUGGAAAUUUUCUCAAAACCAGUUGUGGUAGUCCUAAUUAUGCGGCACCUGAGGUUAUUAGUGGGAAGUUGUACGCUGGGCCGGAAGUUGAUGUCUGGAGUUGUGGCGUCAUUCUAUACGUCCUGUUGGUCGGCAGGCUGCCUUUUGACGACGACCAUAUUCCCAGCUUAUUUUCGAAAAUCCAGCGGGGCGUUUUUACUGUUCCUCACUGGGUCCCGUCCGAUGCGGCGAAUCUCAUCCGCAAAAUGUUGCAGACUAAUCCUGUGCAACGCAUCAUCAUCGACGAGAUCAGACAAGAUACCUGGUUCUUGAAGGACUUGCCUCCUUACCUCGCUCCUCCCGUCGAGGAAUUUCUAAAUACUGGCGUGGAUCCUAAUCGGGCUAUUAGACCAAGUGAUAUCGCGCCCAACGCUCCCCCCAGAGUCCAGGAGAAACUCCAUAACGAAGUUACUGAGAAGAUCAGUAAAACAAUGGGUUACGGCAAACGCGAUGUUCAGGAAGCCCUUGAAGCCGAUGAACCGUCUGCUAUUAAGGAUGCAUACAUGAUCGUCCGUGAGAAUAAGCUCAUGCAAGUAAAUCCUGCUUACGGAACGGGUGCCGACAACCCCUACUUUGCAACCUCUCCCCCAAAUAUGGAAGGCGAAGAGCAAAUGCGCAGUGUUGCAGAAGCCUUGGGUGACACAACAUUGGACAGUAAGCGGGAAUCUCAGUUUGAUUACCCCAGUGAAUCUCAAGCGAGCCCACUUGCCGACUCGGCUCGUUCGACUACCUCGACAAUCACCAGCUCUUCUCCUCGCGGAUACGUGAGUCACGUUGGAAUUCUGCCAACAAGUUUACCUUCGCUACACAAAAAAUAUCUUGAGCGUCAGAACGCUGGCAUUGAAGAGCCAUUAGAUGCUCAACCAGUGCCCGAUGUUCCUCUGCAGCCUAGAACGCCUGCCGAGCAGCAGGAAGCCGCCCGCCGCCUCAAGCCACACUCUAAGAGCGCCAUGAGACUUGACGAUAGCCAAUUUCAUCCACAGAGCAUGACUCCGGUUGCCCCGAAGAGAACCAAACAAGUCCGGUGGCAAUUUGGUAUAAGAUCCCGAAAUGCCCCAUUUGAAGCUCUACUUUGCAUCUACAAGUCUUUAUCCAAGCUUGGUGCUACCUGGGUUGUAGAUGAGGAUUACGAAAAGGUGCAUGGGCCGGAUCCUGCAGAUCCAUACGCCAAGACGCCCAACGAAGAGGAGGGUAAUCCGUAUGAGGGCAUGUCGAUUGACGAAAUUGACUUGGAGACGUUUGACCCCAUCAAAUAUUAUAGGCUGCCCGCCGAUCCUUGGCAUAUAGUGUGUCGCUGGAAGAAAGAUGAUAUACGAAGAACGUCAAUUUCUUCUGGUAACGUUACUGCCGAAGCUGCUUCCGACGACAACACUUUCGUCUACUCGGUCAUGGAUAAGCGCAAGCAAGACUUCGUCUGGAUGCGAAUGGAUAUUCAGAUCUAUGAAAUGGACCCUAAAGACAAAGUCUACCUUGUGGACUUUAAGUGCACCGGCUACGAAAGGCUCGACGGAACUCUUCUGGAGGAGAAGGCCGUUAUGAGCCCCUUCCCUUUCCUUGACAUGGCAGCCAAGUUGAUCAUGCAGUUGGCCGAGGCCGAUUAG